CUGGGUUGUGGAUGAAGGUACAGGCUGUAGGGGUGUCUCAGGAUGGGGGAGAGAGAUACUUUGUGGAGAUGUCGCACGGUAUGUGGUGUAACAAAUUGGGAGGUUUCCUGGAGCAAUUGGAAAGGGACAGGUUGCAAAGAGAGCAGUGUCCCAGGACUUUGUACAGGGGAACAGUUUGGGGGUGGGUGUCCCUGGACUUUAUGUGUGUAUGUGUGUGUGUGUGUGUGUGUGUGUGUGUGUGUGUGUGUGUGUGUGUGUAGCAUCACUUAAGGUAUCCUGGAACUGUGUAGAUCACCUAGUUUUUUUCCUGGUGGAGAAUGGAUUAUUAGGCCUUUGGCAUCCUAGGGGGAAGUGUUGACCCCAUAAAUGUUGCAGACGCCCCCCAGGCUCCUUCAUUCUGUGGCUCCAGCCCCUGCACUGUGGUGAUACCAAGCCAGUUGGGAUUGCCUUGCUCAUGUGCCUCCUCCCAUCUUCGUGUUUGAUCAUGUCUCCACAGCCUUAGAAAUAAGGAAUCUUGUACAACUGCCUUUAUAUUCCUUCAGAUGUAUCUGUCUUUAAGCAAAUUCAGCCUACAAACGUUGGGUUUAUUCAACAGCUUAAAUUAAAACCUGAAUUUCCCAGUUGAUUUACUAUGGGAUUCUUUGAGAGAACAAAUUCCCCAAUACAUUUAACACUAGUUAGUUUAUGGGAAAAUCAGCUUAAUUCAACAAAUACUGAGUUCAGUUGUCCACUAUGCUCAAAGCACUGUGUUGUGGGAAAUAUCAGAGAAGAGCAAGACAAGGCCCUUACCCUCAAGGAACCUUGUCUAGCUGGGAAGAUGGGACAUAUACCUGUGACAUAGGCAAUGGUUUUAGGGAAGAAGUGUUGGCUGAUGAUUAGCCUUUCACUAUUGCUCUAAACCGUGACAUGAUGGGACCAGGCAGACAAGCUUCAACCUGUGUUCAUCUAGCAUCUGGUGUCCAGCUGGAUGGGAGGAGUGACCCCAUGGGACUUCAGACCCAGAACCAGCUGCAGUUUAAUAAGAAUGUUCCUACACAUUCAAGCAACUUGGCAAUCCGAUAUUCUUGCCCACGUGCAAUCAAAAUUGAAAAAUUGAAGCACUCAUACAAUGAGUCAUACCAUUGUAAAGAUUCGGACUUUAGAGAUGGUCCUGACCAAAGCAGUGCUUUUUCAUUUUCUGUCAUAUCGGAAGAGAGACUUAGCUAUGCUGUCCACCUGGCCAAAAGAGAUUUGAAACGAAGAAAACUUGAAGAAUAUAUAAAAGAACACAAUCUCAGAAGUCAGCCCCAAAUCUGUCAGAAAUGUGGGCACACUAACCAUAAAAUAUCUGACCAUAGGGUGGAAAGGAAGGAAUCGAAGAGUCUAGAAGUCUGUCAUUGCAGCCACCAGCCAUCCAAAGUAGAAAUUUCCCGUUCAGGUGCCAAGGUGUACUUGUACACAUCUCAUCCAGGACAGUCAGACUUCACCAUGCCAAAUUCGCCAACCACCCAUGAUCUGGAACUUCAGCCACGUGCCAGGACAGGCGGCCACAAAAGCCUAUGUGAACGCAAAAGCCUGCUAGAAGUUCAGCGACUCCAGAAAGAAUUGAGCAGUUGUAUCCAUAUAAUUGAAGACGUAAUUAAAAAAGAUCGAAUGCAAGAAGCCUUGGAUCCGGACGAGGAGCGGCGCGCCCGUGUCAGGAGGCAGGAGCAAGCUGUCCGUUCUGCCCGAACGCUCUAUGUCCUCCAGCAGCAGGUUAAAGAAAUCCAGGAAGAAUUGGAUAAAUUUAGUCCACAUAAAAUUAAACACACUAAGAAGUCAUGGGCAACAUCCAGGCUGGCAGCUGCCCAUCGAGGAGCCAUUCGGGCCUUACAGAUGUUUGUCACUCAGUUUACUGACCAAGGGGAGCAGCCAGUUUCUACUCGGUAUAGAGAACUGGGCAGUCUUAUUCGCCAGCUGUCACUCUGUUCUGCCAAGCUGAGUGCUGAUUCUUCCGUCCCUGAUGUGGUUAUAGAUAUCCUGCAACAAAUUGAGGCUUUUGAAUCCCUCCUGGAAAAGAAACUGUCACCAAAAAAGGUGAAGAAGUGUUUCACUGAAAUCCAGAGCAGAUUUCUCGUUGGUCAUCAAAGGGCCCCAGAGAGACAGCGAAGCACACCGCCAAAGAGCGAGAGGAGACCCCCCGUAGUAAAGGAGAUACUUCCACGGGAAACAAGACGACCUUCUGUGGCAAAGAGGCUCCUUGCUGAUAAUUAUCAACCUGAUAAAGAGCUUCCAGUGACCAAGAGGUUGGAGAACGACUUUGAUGUUUUAGAUGUGGAUAUGCUUCCAGAAGACGCUCCCUCUAUUGGAGACCAAAAUGCAAGCUUCCAAGAAGAGGCAUUCGCCCAGACUGAAACAAAUACAGUGGGAAAGAAGCCUGUGGCUGAGCACGUGCCAUUUCGGAAGAAAGAUACUCUGCCGUCGGCAAGACUACAGCAAGGAUUCCACAAAGCUGAAAAAAGUAGAUCAACCCAAUCUCACAGCAAAAGCAGGUUGGAACGGACAACAGUCUCAUCCAGAUUAAAAGUGAGCCAACAGCCUGUGAAAGACUCUAGGCCUCCUUGGAUACCUCCAAACCCCACGUCCCCGCCAGCAUCUCCUAAAUGUGCUGCAUGGUUAAAGGCGAAAUCUAGCCCCAAACAUGCCACAAAAGAGCAGUCUGUCCAGCAAGAAAAUCCUCAAGAGGAAAGUCCAUUAAGAGGUGCCAUUGAGCAAGAAGCAGUUAGACUUGCUUGGCUUGAUGCCGAAACUUCCAAAAGAUUGAAGGAACUUGGCGAAUUAAAAGCUGAAGAAACGGACAAAAUGCAAAACCAGAGGCUCGAUUGGCUUGAUGCUGAAACUUCCAGAAGAACAAAGGAAUUGAAUAAACUCAAAACUGAAGAAAUGGAUAGACUUCAAAACUUGAACAUUUCUGCCACCCAGUUAGCAGACAAGGUUGGGAAGGCGGUCCUGGAGCGUUUGAAGCCUCUCCUGGUCCAGGCUCAGAGAGUCAAUUCUUCUCUGGAAGCAGAUACUCAUUUGGAGGGUCAGCCGUCAGUGAGCACAGCGACAGCCCAGCCUACAGAGGAGACUACUGCUGUUGAUUGUGAAUCCAACAACGUUCGUCCGCUAGAUAAUUCUUUAGAAAAUUCCUCUCGUGAGUCCUGGGCCAUGACUCAUUCCAAGAUCUUGGAGCCUGACGCCUUCGCCUCUUUGGGGGACAGCAAGGACAGCUCCCGUCUGAAGGCCAUGUUGAUGCGAAUAGAGGAAAUGGAGAAAUUCCAGGAGGAAGUUCGCCACAGAUAUAAUACAGUUUAUACUAAUCCUCAUCUUGGGAUGCAGGAAGAAAAAAAUGAUCAAAAAACCCCAGCAGUAAAUGAAAGGCCCCUGUCUCCUCGUCCAAUUAGGAUCACAAAGACAGCAGCUUGCAAAGACCCAAACGUGACCAUCGUGUUAGAAAGGCCCUGCGAUGGCAAUUCACUGGAUGAAAAUGUCGGCAUGGAGGAGAAAUCGGAGAAAAGAGAGGCUCCCCUACCGCCCCUUUCAGAGAAUCCUCAGAGGAGACAGGGCCUCCUUGCCCUCUCUGUCCCAGCCGGAAUGUGGUCCAGCAUUGGUGACUACUGCGGCCGUUUUGAGCAGUACCUCCGGAUGGUGUCUCAUGAGGCCGUGGGCUCCUUCAAUCCGUGGCUGAUUGCUGAAAGCUGUUCAGAUGAGCUGGUCGAUGAAGCCCUGGGAGACGUGGCCGCUGAACUUCAGGAUAUGUGUGACGGUUAUGCAGAAGCAGUGUUCACCUCGGAGUUCUUAGAGGCGGCUGCAUAGAGGCUCCGCAAGACGGGGCCCUCGUGUCGCUCUGGAGAAGGCACAGCUCCGCCCUCUGUUUCCAGGCCACGGGAAACCUUUAUCCUCAGCUGCUCACCCAGGCCCAAAAGGUGCUGACCACUGAAAGAAAGGAAAUGCCAGUGAGGACAUCCUCACUGCGCCUCCUCAUUGUCAUAGCAAUGGUCCUGGUCAUUCGUGGUGGGGACUGUGUUAUAUUUAUCAGUACCCAGGAAACGAAUUGAUUAUGACAAUAGAAUAUUUACUGAAUGUAUAAUUUUCCUAUUGAAAUAUGUUCAUUCCACUGCCUCAGUCUGGUGAGCAGAAUGUUUUGAAAGGUAAUAGGUAUAUUUCAUACAGGGAGUCAAGUUGCUGUUGAACCCACGGGUGGCAUUAAUGCCAACAAUAGUGCAGUUACUCUCUGGUCCCAUCCCCUGGCUCGUGUUUGCGUCCUGGGCAAUUUCCUGUCAGGACACCUGGCCCCCACUGGGUUCCGGACUCAGGGGGCGCACAGGGUUUGGUUACGCUGCCAAACCUCUGCUCGACUGCAGCUCAUUAAAAAGAGGAACCCAGCAGUUAUCAGUGCGCAAUAAUAAGCGCACAUUUCUCUAACGUUCAAUUCCUAGGUGGUUUUUCACAUUUUGAGUUCCUCAGAGUCUUUUAUUGCUAUGGGUUGACGCAUUCUGGUAUACAAAACUUUUUCUCAAUUCAGAGAAAGCUUGAGGACCUCGGGUGGGCCAGGCCUUCUCUUGUGCCUGAUAGAAGGUACAGAGCUCACUUCCAUCUCUGAUGAGGUCAGAAGUUUGUCCAUUUCCACACCGCAAAGGACCCUAGUGUGGGAGGAUGGUGUGGGAGAUCUGGAUGGUAUGAAGACCUCUAGGUCUCUCCAGAGAAACGAAGAAACUUAAGAACCAUGAGAGCUUGGUCCUUGAACAUCUCCUAAGUCGUAUUUUACCAAGAGAAAAGCCUCCGUGUUUUCAGAAAUUCUAAAUUCAGAAAAAGAAAAGGAGGGCCGGCCGAGUGGCUCAGUUGGUUAAGAGCUCGCUCAAGAGUGUGAGCUCUGAG